AUGACGCCACCACGGCCGCGCGCCUCCGCUUCCUCCACGUUCUCUCCUCCCCCAGCGGUCCCACACCCGGAGACCCCGCCUCCUUCACCACAAACCCUUCCUCUGCGUCACUUCCGGAUUGGCGGGUUUUUCGAACGUUCCGCGCUCUUCUCGGCCGGCAGCGGUUUCCCGUCGCGCGAGCGGGUUGAGAUGUCGGCGAGACGGAGCCGGAGCCGCUCCGAGGCCGCGGGAGAGCGAGGGGGGGGUGGGGCGAGGCGCUCUGACCCCGCGUCCCCGCCCCUUCAGGCUCCUGCCCUGAGGAGGUCCCAGCGGAAAUCGGGAUCGGAGCCGAACGCCCCUCCCCAGCCUUCCACGCCUGCCCCCUGGAAAGCCUUCUCUCUGAGGAAGAUAGGGCCCCGCCCACCCGCGGAGAAGCGGGCUCCGGAGACCCCCGCGAAGAGGAGUGAGCCCCGGACCCCUGAGGCCCCCAGCUCUGGAGUUCAGAAGUCCAUCCCAGCCAAGAGGAGUGCUCCCCAGACUCCUGCGGAGAGGAGUGCUCCCCAGAUCCCAGCCAAGAGGAGUGCUCCCCGGACCCCUGCGGAGAGAAGUGCUCCCCAGACCCCUGUGGAGAGGAGCGCUCCCCAGAUCCCAGCCAAGAGGAGUGCUCCCCGGACCCCUGCGGAGAGGAGUGCUCCCCAGAUCCCAGCCAAGAGGAGUGCUCCCCAGACUCCUGUGGGGAGAAAUGCACCCCAGAUCCCAGCCAAGAGGAGUGCUCCCCAGACUCCUGCGGAGAGGAAUGCUCCCCAGACCCCUGCGGAGAGGAGUGCUCCCCAGACCCCUGUGGAGAGGAGCGCUCCCCAGAUCCCAGCCAAGAGGAGUGCUCCCCGGACCCCUGCGGAGAGGAGUGCUCCCCAGAUCCCAGCCAAGAGGAGUGCUUCCCAGACUCCUGCGGAAAAAAGUGCUCCCCAGACCCCUGUGGAAAGAAUUGCACCCCGGACCCCCAGGCAGAGAAGUACACCCCAAACCCAGGCAGAAAAGAGCAUUCCUGGGACUUCCAUCGAGAAGGGUGCACCCAGCUCCCGGCCUAAGAGAAGUGGCCCCCAGAUUCUCGCAGAGAGGAGUGUGCCCCAGACCCCCAAGGCUGCCUCCCCUGUAGCCAGAAGGGCCAUCUCAGUGAAGAAGCUGGCGGCCAGGACCCAGGAGUCACAGAGUCCUGCUUCCCGGGGUGGCCGGUCUGCGACCAAGAGGAAGGGAUCCCUGUCUGCAGAGGUUACACUUUCAGAGAAGGAGAACUCGCCCCCUCUGCAGGAAAACGUCUCCCUUCAUAAAGACAGCUCUUCUCUCACCGCAGGCCCAGCUCCAGAAGUGACCCCCACAGUGUUAGGCCCUCUGACCCCUAAUGUCACCAGGCCACAACUAAUGGAUGCCAGAGACCUGGAGAUGUCCAGGAAAGUUCGUCGUUCUUACAGCCGCCUCGAUGAGCUAGGCUUGGGCUCUACCUCGACGCCCAACUACCAGCGCCGUUCCUUCUUUGGCUUUGAAAGGCUGCUCUCAGGAGAGGAGCUGGAGAAUGUCUCCCCGGUGGUGAAGGAGCCGAAGCAACCAACAGUGGCCUCCAGCACAGAGGCCUGGGGGCCAGACUCCAUCCUCCCCGGCAUCCCCAUGACCAAGGAGAAGCGCCGGAAGAGGAAGGUGCCCGAGAUCCUGAAGUCCGAGCUGGAUGAGUGGGCUGCCGCCAUGAACGCCCAGUUUGAGGCUGCCGAGAAGUUUGAUCUCCUGGUGGAGUGAGGUGGACGAAGAAGAUCUCUGGACUGUAUCGCUCCUUCCGUGUACAUAGUGUUCCUUUGUUCACCCUUUUCUAUCACUCUAGACUGCCCUUGUCUGCCCUUCUCCUGCGGGACAUUGGCACCUGCCCUCUGGGCCCCCGGGUCCCUGUGCCCUGUGGGCACUGGAAGGCUGCCGGGGUGGAGGCAUCGCCGAGGACCGGUAGCGGCCGUGCAGACAGCGGUUGGGCCCAUCCCGGUGUCUUUGGACUUCUCGAGGUGCCUCAUUUCCUCUUUCCCAGGUUUUAGCCAGGAAGAAUUAAGGUGGUGGUCGGAAAGUGUGGAGGUGGCAGGAGGCCGGGCUGUCUGGGAAGGGAGCUGGGGGGUGGAGCAGGGUCCCUGCUGCAGAGCUGCUUCCUCCAGCUCUGUCUUCUCACUCUGCCUCCCUGUCCUCGGCCUUCCCUUAGUCCCCACCAGUUUUCCUGUGGCGGGGAAGGCCCUGUUGUUCCUGGGAGGCAGGGGCGGGUCACCCAGCCAGGGCCUGUCUGGGCAUUUAUUUUAAGGGCUUCCUCCCCCAGGGUGCCCAGGCCGCUGAGGUCAGCAGCCACAAGGGGGAUGGCGUUGUGCUCCCCUCCAGGACCGGCCCCUGCUGGUUCCUUCUGAAGAGACAGUUAGUGAACCAAAGGGACAGAUGCACUGGGUCAGAGUGAAUCACCCCUCACCCCUCUUAGAUGAUCUUUCUGGAGGAGGGUCUGCAGAGAGGAAGUCCCCGCUGUCCCAGCAGCACAAGGGGGGUGAGGUGAUUGCUCCCGCUGACCACCAGGUGGCACUGCUUGCCCUUCCUGAUGUGUGGGCUCAGCCUUGGCCGGGGGGUCAAACAGAUGGACCCAAAUGAAGAGUAUUGAUGAUUUGCUUUAUCCUGUGAAAUGUUCCCCAGUUCUUUUUUAAUCUGGCUUAUACGUUGGUGAAUCAGUGUGGUCUCUGACCAAAACCCAACUUCAGAUCAAGAGGAGGAUGCGCCAAGGCUGGGCUGCAGAGAUGUCUGCCAGGGCCAGGGGAGCCCGGAGGCACCAGAGCUGGUCCCCAGGCCCAGCUCGUGCCGUCUCCUGCCUCCAAUCAUGUGAGGCUCAGCACAGACAGGUCUGCCCUGCAGACACGCCCCUGUUGGGCAGGAAUAAGGCCAGCCCCGAAGUACGUCCUGGCCCACGGCAAUGUGUCCCCGUGCACCAUCAAUCCAGAAGGGAUGCAGUUGGGGAGGGGAGCUGGAGCCGGGUCACGUCACUGCUGGUACACACAGCGCCCUUGUGCAGAGAUGGCUGCCCUGUGUGCCCAGGCCAGAGGCGAGAAGCAAUCGUUAGAAACCUCAGUAAGGACUCGCCCUCUUCCCCAGUGGGGCCCAGCGUUGUAUUCAUUAGGAGAAGGUGGAGGUUUUGUUUUAAAAGCUGAAUAAACCGCUUACUUCCAUCUCUGCUUUAUGUCUGGUUUCAUGGAGGUCGGUCCUGGGCCUGUGGGCCCACCUAAGGUCAAUGCAGUACGAGGGGCAAUUGAGGAAAUAACUCUUCCAAUGAUACUUGCCUCCAAGCAGCUUACACUGUUGGGGGGAUGAGGGGGUCAGCAUGAAACAGAGCUUCCAAGGAAAAUGGAGGGUUAAGAGGUCAGGAGACUGUCCUGGACAGGAAG